AUGGACCGUCUGCGAUCGACGUUCAAGCGGUCGCGGACGCCGACGGGCGCAGAGAUGAAGACGCAAACCAGCCUCGAGGUGCCCAAGCAGGUGCGGUCGGUGUCGUUCGACGAGAUCAAGCUGGGGUGCGCCAAGCGGGACGAGGACGCGCGCAAAGAACGGACGUCGGCCGGCGGUGGCCACUCGGCGGCCGCGUCGUCGUUGCGAGUGCCAGCCGGCGGCGGCUCGGGACAGCGGUCGCGGAGUUUCGACUCGUCCGCCGCCGCGGCCAGCACCGGCGCGGCCACGGGUGACCGCGACGACCCGGGUGUCUACCUGGAGGUGCCGUCGUCCAAGCACCAGCUGUUCCACCGGCGGCGGUCGUCCGGCGAAAAGGUGCCAGCCGCCGCGGCUUGCGUGCACUGCGCCUAUCUGGAGGAGCUGUCCAAGAUGAACAGGUCGUCGUCCGGUGACGAGAACCAGAGUCAGAGGUCGUUCACGUCGACGUCGGCCAGCGAGGACAUGGAAGACGAGGAUGACCGCGGAUGCCAGAUCACUGUCACCGUGGAGGCCGACCUCCACGACGAUCUCGUGGCGGCGGCGGUCCGUUUGUCCAUCGCCGACGGCGGUCCCGCGCUGCCCCCGCCGUCCGAGUCGGCGGACGAGUGCGGCAAGAGCCCUCUGACGCUAGAGCUGACGCCGCCGGACGAGUAUCUGCAGGGCAACCGGCGGCGGUCAAUCACGUCGCCCAAACUGGAACGGCAGGAAGCGUUCGCCGUCAGCGACGCGGCCGACCCGGCGGCCGUCCGCGACCUGUUCCUCACGGUUCCCGACCUGAAGCGCGACCGGGCCGCCAGCAUGGACUCGUGUUUCAUCAACAAGCCCACGCCCGCCGGAAAACCGGAAGAGGUGGUGCCCGUAUCGCCCACCCAGCUGCUGCUCGAUCCCAACUGCGGACAGCCGGCCUGCAACAACAACAUCCGGUCCAGGUCCGUGGACAUCGUGCUGCCCACCGACCAGCAGGCCCGGUACAAGGCGCUGUCCACCAAUAAUCAGACGUCGUCGCCGCCGUCGGCCGUACCCGCUCACAGGGUGCCGCCGGACAAGGGAGCCACCGGAACCGAUGGAAACGAUAAACUCUUAAAGAUUGUGCCCGAUUGGACGGAGGAAGCCGCCAACGACGAUCACCUGUGGUCCGUGACGUCCCACAACGUAGACUUCUGCUAUAUCGGCGAAUCUGAGUGCUCGAAACACGGAGUCCGCCUGAAAUGUUCGGGUUGCCGCAUUAUCGUGCACUCGGAAUGUCUGGGCAAUCUGCCGGAAGCGGCCAAGUGCAAGUCGAGCUUCAAGGACGACGGCGUGCGACAGUACAGGGAACACAAAACGGUCAAACACCAUUGGAUGCACAGGAGGACGCAAAAGGACAAGUGCUCGCAAUGCGGAAAGGCGUUCCAGUCGGUUCUGUCGUUCAGUUCCAAGGAGAUCAUAGCGCUCACGUGUUCCUGGUGCAAGCUUAGUGUCCACAACAAGACCGCGUGUUUCAACGACACGAAAAUGAACGAACCCUGUUCUUUAGGUAAACAUAGUAAUAUAAUUGUGCCGCCGUCGUGGAUCGUCAAGUUGCCACGAAAGGGUAACUUCAAGUCCAGCAUUAGAUCUCCGAAAAAACGAUCGUCCAAGAAGAAAACAAAAGACAAGCCGGACAAAGAAGACAAGCUGUUCGUUAUCAAACCGAUCCCGACGGUGAACGUCAAGCCUGUGAUAAUAUUUAUAAACCCAAAGUCUGGCGGCAACCAGGGUGUUAAGCUGCUGCAAAAAUUCCAGUGGCACCUGAAUCCCAGGCAGGUUUUCGACCUCAGCCGGGGUGGUCCCAGGAUGGGCCUGGAACUGUACAAGAAGGUGCCGAACCUCAGGGUGUUGGCGUGCGGUGGAGACGGUACCGUCGGGUGGGUGCUGUCGAUCUUGGACCAAAUAGCCAACGCAGUGUCGUUUCCGGUGGGUGUGCUGCCGUUGGGCACUGGCAAUGACCUGGCCAGAGCUCUCGGUUGGGGCGGCGGUUAUAUGGACGAGCCGGUGUCAAAAAUACUGACCAACUUGGAAGAAAGCGAAACGAUCCGGUUGGACCGCUGGAACUUGGAUGUGGUGCCCAAUGAACAGGUUAAAGGGACGGACCACGCUGGUAAAGACAAUUUACCAUUGAACGUGGUGAAUAAUUACUUCUCGUUGGGCGUAGACGCUCAGAUUGCACUCGAAUUCCACGAAGCCAGAGAGGCCAAUCCGGAGAAGUUCAGCUCGCGGAUGUACAACAAACUGUUUUACGGCGUCCGCGGUGGUAUCGAGCUGCUGGACCGGAAGUGGAAAGGUUUGUCGGAUCACGUGACGCUGGAGUGCGACGGCAAAGACCUGACGCAGCGCAUCAAAGACUUGAAAGUGCACGCCAUAUUGUUUUUAAACAUACCCAGCUACGGGGGUGGCACGCGACCGUGGAACAAGUCAGCUGGCAACAACUCUACCGACGACGGACUCAUCGAAGUCAUCGGCUUAACGAUCAUGCAAAUAACGAGAUUGCAAACUGGAGGGACUGGGACACCGUUAUGCCAAUGUAAAACCGCUCGCAUAACCACCAGUAUACCGGUGCCCAUGCAAGUGGACGGCGAAGCUUGCCGUUUAAAACCGUCGGUGAUCACGCUGGGAUUCUUCAACCAGGCAACGAUGAUGGCGAAACGUCGCAAAGGCAGACAGACGCCUACCCGCGAGACCACGAUAGACAAACACAGAGUGUCGGUCCAAAGACUGAGGCUUCAAGAUUACGAGCAACACCACUGUGACAAAGAGUUGCUCAUCCAGUCGUCUAUCAAUAUGGGCGAGAUCGAAGUGGAACCGGUCGCGGAUUUAGAAACCGUGCGUAAUUUAGUGGACAAGUUGGAGUUGAACAACAGUCCGUCAAAAGACCACGUGGGCAACGUCAUGCCGAAACUAUCGCCCGAUUGGUGUUUCGUCGACUGUUGCACUGCCGAACGGUUCUUCAGGAUCGACCGGGCCCAGGAGAGCCUUCACUACCUCAUAGACAUCACACACGACCAGCUGUUCGUGUUGGACGAUCCGCAUAGACAGCCGUCCGCCGAAGAAGACGUGGCGGUGGUCCUGAAAGCCAAAGAUCCGGCCGACGACCAAGGUGCUCAGGAUACGACAACGAGCAUGCGGGUAAAGUCGGAGAUAAGUCGAUUGGAAAGCAUCAAAACAAAGUCAACGGUCAAAUGUCCACAAGACGAAGGCCAGACCAACGGGACCAAUCAUUCCACAAGAGCUAGUGAAGUAUACAAUCGUCUAUUCGACCUUCAAUCAAAUGAAGAUCAUCAUUACGGUCAAGUGCGAACUUCCGAUAAAAUAAUCGAAGCGGCCAAAACAGGGAACUUAAAUAUGCUGAGAAAUCUGUUCGAAAUGGGUUACUCUCUGAUGUCCAUCAACAAGGACGGGCAGACAGCUCUACACGUGGCCAGCCAGCGCGGCGAUUCCAACCUGGUUCGGUACGUACUGGCCAACGCUCCGUCCAACAUCGUGUCGGUCAAAGACAACCUAGAGGGGCAGACGGCGCUACACGUGGCUGUCCAAAACGGCGAACGAAAGAUCUGUUACCUAUUGGUGUCGGCCGGGGCGCCUCUAUUGGCCGUCGAUAAACAAGACCGGACUGCUCAGCAGAUAGCAGAACAGACCAGAGACUACGACCUCGCCAAAUACUUGGAAUGCCAAGCUCAGUUCGUAUCGUUCGCGGACCAAACGGAGACGUCGGUCUAG